CUUUUUUUAAAAAGAGAAAAUAAGUGUUGAAACAUUUUUGUUUUAGAAAAAUUAAAUCAAACAAUCAGAAGACAGCACUGAAAGCGGAAGAAGUGAAGUCACAAUUUAGAGAAUAACUUCAAUGCGCUGUAUUCACUGCUCAAUAUUCUGUCUUCAUUGACGAUCGAAACGGUUCAAAUAAUCUUGUUUAUCGCACUCAGAAGAAGAUAAUUAAUGAGUGAAGUACAAUUUUUGAAAAAACUAUAAGCUACUGGAAAAUAGGAGAUCAUUAGAGUUUUGGCCAACCCGCUGGAAAUGCUCGAGAAAUAAAACCGAAUACUGUUUUCAGAGAAUAACUUCAAUGAGCUGUACUCACUGCACAGUAUUCUAUCUUCAUUGACGAUCGAAACCGUUCAAGUAAUCUUUUCAUUUACAGAAAACCAUGGUUAAAAGUAACAGAAUUCCGAAGGGUUUCCUCAACACCAGAACAAAUGAUGCAGAAGUUCGUGAAGAUGAUAAAUCAAGUGAAAAUAUCGGAAAAUACUGUAUUGAAGAUGCCAUUCGCGCAACAGGUCAUGGGCGGUUCCAUAUUUUCCUGUUGUUUGUGUGCGGAAUUGGUAUGAUGAAUGUGGUGAUUGAAAACGUAAACAUUGGCUUUGUUCUGCCCUACGUUCGUUGUGAAAUGAAAAUAUCGACUGCUGAACAAGGACUAUUAAAUUCUGUCGGAUACAUUGGCAUUGUAAUAAGCUCACACCUGUGGGGGUUUUUGGCUGACACCACUGGUCGAAGACGUGUAUUAUUAAUUUCUAUGGUCGGAAGUUUUAUUUGCGCACUCUUAUCGGCCUUCUCCUUUAACAUUUUGUCGCUUAUUUUAUCACGUUUAUUCGUUGGAUUUUUUGUUUCAGGUGUUCAAGCAGCUACAUAUAGUUAUAUCGGAGAAUUCCAUAGUAACGAGACAAGGACGAAAACUUUAUCCUUUGUGGCAAUGUUUAUGCCAGCUUGUUUCGUCUACUUACCAUUGUUGGCCUGGGCCGUUCUACCGAUGGAAUGGGAAUUCCAUCUGUCUAAUGACAUAAAAAUAUCACCAUGGCGUAUUUAUCUACUUUUAAGUAGUCUUUUAAAUGGUAUUAAUGCCAUUUGUUUGUAUCAUUUGCCUGAAAGUCCGAAAUUCUUACUUUCCAUCAAUCGCAAAGAGGAAACAUUGAACGUCCUAAGAAAAAUGCAUUCGGUAAAUAUUCGAGACGAUCAAAAGUUGUAUCCGGUGAAGGAUCUAAUAUCUGAAACCACUGGCACUGCUUUAUCAGAAGUGUGCGGCAUUUAUGGUAUUUUCAAAUUGGUUUGGUGCCAAACAUUGCCGUGUUUUCAACGACCAAAUGUUUUAAACACCUCUAUGUUAUGCUACUUGAUGUUUUGCCUAUUCAGUGUCGGUCAUGGAACAUUCAUGUGGUAUCCAGACUUUUUAAUGCAAAUGCAAGAUUAUAUCGAGAGUCCAUACACUUUGUGUAACAUUGUUGGCAGUAGUUUUAUUUCCGCAAAGAGUUUUAAUUUAUCUUUUGUCUUGAAUGACAGCUCGGCAUCGAUAGAUCGUAAUGAAUACAGUUGUGUUAACCAUUCGAAUACAGUAACUUUCAAAAUCAUUCUAAUGAUGGGAGUGGUAUUCGUCUCGAUUUCAGCCGUAGUCAGCUUUUAUAUUAAUAAAGUGAACCGUAAAAUGCUUUUAAUUGGAUGGCUAUUAAUUUCAUCAGUUUUUUCCGUAUCUAUUGUGUUCAUUCGUAAUUUUUAUUUAAUGGCUGUUGGAUUCAUGACAUUUUUGAGUUGCGGUUUAUGUGGCGGCAUAAUUAGUGCAAUAUCGAUUACAAUAUUUCCUACAAAUAUUAGGGCGAUGGCAACGUGCCUCAUUUUGAUGUUCGGUAGACUCGGUGCUGUUGGUGGGAGUAAUUUUGUGGGAUUUCUGUUAAAUGGACACUGCGAACUCAUUUUCUAUUUGUAUGGUUUAUUAAUACUAAGCUGCUCAUUCGUGUGCUUUUUCUUAAACACAAAUCCAGUUGAACUUUCAGAACAAACCAGAGAUAAAUCGUUUAAAAUGAAAUGUAGAGCAUGAUCGAAAUGAUUUUAUUACUGCGGUUUUUACUUUUUUCUAUAAUAAGAUACACUUCCUAUGUACUUGGAAGUAGUACUUGAUGUAUCGAUGUAUGGACGAGUUAAAAACAUAAAAAAUAUAUCUGACCCCCGGGGGGCUUGCAGACAAA